AUGUCAACCGCAAUCAGUGCGCGUGACAAGGCCUUGGCAAGACGCAAAAAGCUCCAAUGCGUCGAUUGCGGAGAUGCGGGCGUCAUUGUCAUAGACCACACCGAGGGCAACCAGAUAUGCGUCAACUGCGGAAGGGUGGCCGAAAGCGUGCUCAUCUCGGACCAGCAGGAGUGGCGUAACUUCAGCUCGGAGUCGACCGGAGGCCGCGGAAACGAACGCAGCCGCGUGGGAGAGGUCAACGAUGUGUGGAUGGACGGCGGGAACUCCACCACCUUCAUCGGGGGCUCGCGCAAGAUGCAGCACAUCCAAAACCUGGUCGGCAACUUCGAGAGCACCGACAGGUACCUGAAAAGCGCCUUCACGAUGCUGAGGCACGUUGGGGACAUCAUCAACGUGAACGACGUCGUACUCGAUAGAGGCAAGGAAAUCAUGAAGGAGCUCAACGACCUCAACCAGCUCAAGGGCCGCUGCAACGGACUCAACACCCUCGCCGUCAUAUACAUGGCGAGCAGGGAGGUCGGAGUCUGCCGCACCCUGAAGGAGAUGGUGGUGUACGACAGCAAAAUAUCGCAAAAGGAUCUCGGCAGGGCCAUCAACCGGUUGAAGCGGAUCCUGCCCAUGCGCGGGAACGCAAUGGUCGAGGACACCGCGCAGCUCAUACCCAGGCUCUGCUCGAGGCUCAAAAUCAACAGCAGGGCGGCGGCGCUCUGCGAGUACGCGGCGGGCAAGGCGACCAUCAUACUGCGCACCUCCCACCGCACCACCUCGCUGGCGGCGGCCAUCAUCUACUUCGUCACCCAGGUGGCGUGGUCGCCGGUUUUCGGCAACAAGGUCCCAGAGAUAGCCGAAAUCUGCAUGGUUUGCGGAACGUGCGAGUCCACCAUCAAGGCCACCUACAAGGAGCUCCUCAAAAUCACGCACCGCAUACUGCCACCCAACUUCAACCGCGAGACCGGGGACUCCGGGCUCAUUUAG